UGGCUCGCAUGUUGGCUCUACAACACAUCAACAGCAGGCAAUUUGCUUUGAGUUUGUGUGUGACAUCGAUGUGAGGCAAGUCGUCCUGCUGGUCUCCCUCAGCCUAGUUUCCUUGCCGGUGGAUCUCUUGCUGCAGCUUUAGAUUCUGUCUUGCCCUGGUCCAGAAGGCUAGCUGAUCCUUCAGCUUUCAGCUUGUUUAGUGCAGAGAGAAACGCCGCCUGCUUUUCGCGCUUGAUUUUCUCUGAUUUGGGCUUGGAACAAGCGCCAUGUCCAUCACUCAAACAGCCACCACUGGGCCUGGAGAGGCGAUGAAGGCCUUGUGCAUGGUCGCAGACAGCUGCCUGCAUGGCUUUAGCUUGUCUCAAACGGAUGCCAAGACUCAGGCCGUAGCAACGUCGAUGCUGCCUGUGAGUCCAUCAUCGUCAGUCAAUACCAGUCAUGGACAGGCCAGCAAACCGAGAAGUCGUCCACCGAAGAACCGCGAGACGCACAACAAGAAGGAAAAGCAACGGCGUGAUCACAUGCGCAGCAAUUUUUCCGACCUUCGCGGCACGCUGACUGACUGUUCGACCACGAAUGACACCGACUACUCCAAGUCGUCAGUGCUUAACCUGCUGCAGGCCGCGUCCAGUCGUAUCAGGGAGCUGGAAAACGAAGCUAAGGACAUUGGAUCAAGAGGCCAGCGGCUUCGUGAGCACAACCAGCUGCUGAUGAGUCAGCUGCGAUUACUUGGGGUACAGGCAACCGGUCACCUCAAUGGCGCGCAGAUGCAGCCGCAGCAGCUAGCCACGACGGCAGCGGGCCACGCGGCGGCCGUGACGUCGGCGGCGAGCAUCGUCGCCGUGCCGACGAUGAUCGGCGCCAUGCGAACCGGCAACGUCAGCGCUGGCGGCGACCACUGCGACGUGGACGGCGACAUCAACGUGACGGACGACCACGACGCCGAGAGCACGGACCACCACGGUGGCAGCCGUGUGAACGACUGCAGCCGCCUGCAGGCCAUCAUGUCAGCGUCGGCUAGCAAUGCUAGCUCGCCAUCGGCGUCCAGCAGCAGCCCCGGCGGCAUAACCGCAGCCACGGUCGCCGCGACAACGCGUCCCAUGGACAUCCAGUUCACGUCGAUGUCGGUGCCGGUGCAGUCGGGCCCGCCGCUGUACGGCGUGUCACACGACAUCGCUGCGGCAGCCACGCAGAUGUCGCCCAACAUGCCGUACGUCUUUCCCACCAAUCUGCAUAUACCACUGGGCGUUCCAUCCGCGCAUACGCCCACCUACACCAGUUUUAAUCUGCCGCCGCAGUAUCAUCAUCAGCUGAUGGCCAGCCUGACACCGGCCAACGCUGCCACGUAAUAGCGUGUUGCCGUGGCGUCGAUCCCGUCUCUCCGUCGCUGCUGUGCGCCGACCCACGGUGGCGUGACGUCCGGUGUUGUCCUGGCGAUGAGACUUGGCCGUUGCAAGUGUGGGUGUUCCUCGUUGCAUCCCUACUCCCCUUGCCAGCACCACACAUGGUCAUUAGACUAGCGCUCUCCCCCCGUCCCGCCCCCCGUCCCGCCCCUACACCCACUCGACCCCCUAAUGACAUCAUCUCCGACCCAUCGAUGAUGUCGCUACGGCUCAUCGGCACCAUACUAAAGCCUCUGUUGUCCGCUGUUCAUCAUGGCUGGCCUCUUAGCCUACUCUCUAUGUCUUCUUUCUGUCUUCUCUCCUCCGUGACGACAGCCGGCAUGUGUCCGUUUCCGCUCACUGUGCACCGUCUCCUACUUGUUGAAACGUCGUCUCGCUCUUGGUGUGAGUGAAGUGCUGGAUUUUGUCUGUCGCUGAACGGCCUCUCGGCGUGUUGCUUGUCCAGGGACAGGUAGCGCAGCAGUCGGACUGCCCCAAUAAUGUUCUCUGUCGGUUGUUGCUGGCUCGCCGAAGCUCGUGCGUUCGCUUGUCGCUGGAGCUGGCCCGGCUGCUGGAGUCGGAGUUCGUGUUGGACGUAUUGCAGCAGCAGCACGUUAUGCAGCCACAAGUAGGCCGUAUUCCGUUGCCCCAGCAGCUCACCCACACGUCCAUGGCAGCAACUAUCAGCGCCUGUCUCUGCCCCCUGCGGGCCCCGUCGUUCUUUACUGAUCUGGACUUUUGCGCCCUUCCCCUGAUCCCACCCACCCCAUUUUCCCACUCCUGGAGUUGCGUUGCCAUUUGGUUUACCCCCCCCCCCCCUCUCCCCACUGAUUUUUUUACUCACCGCUGUUGGUCUACGUCCGGGUUUACAACGUAUUGCUCAUGUCAAACAAAAGCAUUGCUUGUGUUAAAACAAUUAUUUCACUGGCCUGUUGCCUUUCUCUCUUUCCUUCUUCUUCUUCUUCUUCUUCUUCUUCUUCUUUUUGUUUAAUCACCCUCCCAGUAUUGCUUCGUCUUCUCUGAACAUACGAGGAGGCUGACUUCCAAGCAAAAAUAAUUUUGUUCCGUUCUCACACACCUCAACGACAGUUCAGUACAGCAAUGAGAAAGAGUUUUGUUUGUGCACACGCUCAGAUCAUCAAUUUGACGUCUAUAUCGUGCUGUCUUCCCUGUCUAUUUUAAGAGUUUACUUAUCUAUCUAAUUUUUCGCUCGUGUGUCGCCUGUCCCCCUCUCACCGCUGCACAUACGAUUUGUUUGUUGUUCAUGCUGUGCUGUGCUAUUUAACAAUGGGUCGCUUGUGGUGUUUCCGUUCCAUUUCCCGUCCUCGUCCUAUGCUCUGGGCCCCCCAGGCAAACACCGUAGCGCAUCCUGUCCGUCUUAUAUUAUUCUUUCCAUGGUGAAGUGUCCGGUGCGGCCCUGUGCUGGCUUUUGUUGUUGUUGUUGUUGUUGUUGUUGUCCUGUUUGCCAGAGAUCAUCUUUCUCUUGAUCUUGAUCAGCUGCUCCCCCGCUGCCUUGUUUCUCUUGUGCCCCUUGUUGUGAGUGGGCCUGUCGGUGUCUUUCUCAGCGUCUUUUGCUUCGUUUGUGACAAAUGUCUUGUACCGUCUUUUGCUUCGUUUGUGACAAAUGUCUUGUACCGUUUUGGAA